AUACGCAACACCAGGAUGCAGACAAUCUUAAUGAAAUGCUCAUGCUGGCUAAUGAGAGAAUUGCCGCAUUGCACUCGGAAUUAAAUGACUUGGUUGAGCGCGAGCGCCAGCGAAGAAUAGCUUUUCUUGAAGCCCAACAGUUGGUUAUCAAGGAAUUUGUUGAAAAUGCGAUCACUCAAACCAAAGAGCAUGAAAAAAUUCAACGUGAACUGGACCGCAGAAACUGGGUGAGGUUAAUGAGAAAUAUACUUUUUUAA